CUCCCCUAAGAGUCCUGCGAAUCCAGAGCAGCGCUCCUGGAAAAGAAUUUCUGCUCGGAAAUUGAAUGGCUUCUAGGAAAAUGACCGUCCGUGUUGUUUUGGACACUAACUAUGCUGAGCUGGUUCUAGAUGUGGGAAAAGUCACUUUCGGGGAGAAGAAUAGAAAAAAAAUGAAAGAUUGUCAACUGAGAAGAAAGCAGAAUGAAAACGUCUCACAAUCUGUGGUUGCUUUGCUGAAUUCUGGAGGGGGCGUGUGCAGGGCUGAAAUUGAGAAUGAAAACUAUAGUUAUGAAAAAGAUGGAAUAGGAUUAGAUUUGGAAAAUUCUUUUGCCAAUAUUGUUUCGUUUGUUUCUAAAUACUUAGACUUUAUGCAGCAAGGUAAAUAUUUUCUGAUUUUUGUCAAAUCGUGGAGCUCAGAAACCUCUGGGUUGAGGAUUGCCACCUUGAGCUCCAAUUUGUACAAAAGAGAUAUAACCUCUGUAAAAGUAAUGAAUGCUACCGCUGCACUGGAAUUCCUCAAAGACAGGUUAGAAACUGGAGAGGGAUUUUCUUUAAUACCUAAAUCACCUCCAAAGAGGUACCAUUUUGAUGUACAAGAAGAAAGUAGCAUGAAGGCCUUGGCUGCUGACUUUUUUAAUAGGAUGCAACUCAGGUACGGAGAAAAACUCACCUUUACUGAAUCCACACAUGUUGAAAUGAAAGACUACUCAACAGAAAAGCUGUUACAACGCAUUAAAGAGAUUCUCCCUCAAUACGUUUCUGCAUUUGCAAAUACUCAUGGGGGCUAUUUGUUUAUUGGUUUAAGUGAAGAAAAACAAGAAGUAACUGGCUUUAAAGCAGAGAAGAGUGACCUUGACAAGAUAGAAAAAGAAAUAGAACAAUGCAUUAGCAAGUUUCCUGUCUAUCAUUUCUGUAUAGAGAAGAAGAAGAUAAAUUAUUCAUGCAAAUUCCUUGAAGUAUAUGAUGAAGGAAGUCUUUGUGGAUAUGUCUGUGCGCUCAAAAUAGAGCUAUUCUGUUGUGCGGUGUUUGCCAAAAAGCCGAAUUCCUGGCAUGUGAAAGAUAAUCAAGUGAUGCAGCUGACCGUGGAGGAAUGGGGCCAAUUAAUGCUGGAUCCUGAACCAAAUUUUUCCAGGUUAUUUGAAGAGAUGAACCUUCAACAAAGUAUGUUAUCACCUAUACCCCUAGAUUGGCCUCGGUAUAAAUAUAAGAAUUUGGAAAGUCAGGAGCAGAGAUAUCACCUUACAGUAUGUGGCAUCUUAGUUACCGGACCAAAGAUCGAACCCAUGACCCCUGCAGUGGAAGCGCAGAGU